AUGCACGCGUACAUGAGUCCACGGGUGUUGCUGGACGAGCUACGCAAUGCUCUCGUGGAGUUGUUUGUUGAUGCUGAUCUUCCUCCUUCGUUGGUUCAAAUGCCCUGGUAUAAGGUUGGGACGAUGCUCUGUGUGUUUGUGUGCUUAUAUGUCCAUGCCCGACCUCACCAGUUCCGUCGAUUUGUCAACUUGCUGAACCCAUCGGCCGCGGAUAUGCUGGGGUCGUGUUACCGUUUGGCACGGGACAUGCAAGCAUUCAGUGAGGUGGCUCGAGAGGAGCUGAGGCAGGAGAUCAUUGGCAACGGUCUCGUGGGGAGGGUGUCCCUCAGCUUGGACAUCUGGACCAGGGAGAACCAUACAGCUUUCAUGUGCGUGACCGUCCACUGGAUCACCAGUGACUUCAAGCUGCGUCAGGGGAUUCAGGAUUUCGUGCUAUUGGAGGGUUCGCACACGGGGUCUCUCAUAGCACAGACCCUCGAGCGCACUUUGACCCCUCAGCUUGGACAUCUGGACCAGGGAGAACCAUACAGCUUUCAUGGUUCGCACACGGGGUCUCUCAUAGCACAGACCCUCGAGUGCAUUUUGACCGAGGCUGGCCUGCAGGAUGUGGUGUUUGCUGUGACGACGGACAAUGCGGAGAACAACAACAGGGCAAUGCGCCUUCUGUCGGGGGCCACAGCAGAGGGGCCAGAUGCCUGGACAUCUAAUCCACUGCUCGACAUUGCGCGUCACGUGCGGUAUGUCCUGUCAUGUCAUGCCGCGACUCACAACUGCCUUGCACAUGUCAUGAACAUUGCAGUGCAGGAUGCAUUGAAGUUGGACGAUGUGCGGGAGGCGUUGAAAUGCCUACGCAAUGAGUGUUCGUACAUCGGAUGGUCGGUCCAGCGGUCCGAGAGUUUUGCCAGUCUGCAGCGCCGGUUGGCAGGCAGAGACAACGCGAAGGUGCAACGUCUGACAGCUGUGGACAAGCUGGAGACCACCUUCCCCGAGCCAGGCGUCUCACCCCUCACACAGGCCCUCAUCACCAAAGCCCUCGGCAAGCUGAAGAAGUACUCGUACGGGUCGAAGGAAGAGUUGACGAUUGCCACCUUCCUUGACCCCCGAUACAAGAGCAUCUUCUUCCAGCUGCCCGAGUGGGAGGCGCUCAAUGCAGCGCACGUGACAGAGGUGGGGGGAUGCGCUAGGAGUGUGCAGGGCGUGGAUGAGCCGACGGUGAUACGCCUGGUGCGCGAUCAGUUGGUCGCAUAUCAGUAG